AUGCCCAUCAAAUUCCCGGACUCCUUCUUAUCAUCCCUAUCGUUUGACCCGUUAUCCUCUGCCUCAUCAGACAGCGAGAGUGAGAAGGACGAAGCCGCCAGGGCUGCAAAGAGAAGGAGAAUCGAACGAGUGGCACGAGAUUACUUGCAGGGAAACCCGCCAUUUAUUUCAACGGCCACGCUACUUGGACCAUUCGACGAUGGUUGGGUCAAUCCCUGGCGGAAGGUACACAACCCACGGUCUGUGUCUUUCCCUCACAGCACACAACAACACACUUCGCGGCAAUGUGUGAUACAAGCAGAGAAGCCUUCCGAUCCACAAGCGGGAACGCUUCAGGAAACCCCAAACCUGUUUGCUGGAACUGAUAUAUAUCAGAAGAGCAACCAUGUGGGCGAGUCCCAGUCUCGGCGUGUAAGCACGAACCCGGAAAGCCGAAGUCGAGCCAGUUCAAGACAGUCUUCUAAAUCAAGGUCAGCCGCGGCAUUGGAUGUCAUGUACCAUCGAACCAUCAACUUUACAGCAAUCAAUGCACCUGCCCCCGCCGCUCGUCAACCGAUUGCCACUACUCACGAUCCCACUUCCCAGAACAAGCAAGCAGUCUUUCUCCAACAUAACCACGGUGGAGGUAGCUCGGCUGAGUCAGACAAACUGCGGAUGCUGCACAAGCCCAGUCUAGAGGAGUCUAUUCGUGCAUCAAAAGGUCCAAGCACUGCGGACAGUCCUUCCAGGGCUAUCCCUACUCUCGAGCCUGUGCUAUGCAACAAGAACCAGCAUCAAGCAGAUAUACCCGCACCAACUGCAAGCAAUCUUCUCGACGCCACAAACAACUCAUCACUGGAAAAUGCAGCUGCUUCAGGAAGGAAAUCCGAACCCUUGCAGGAGAACAAGGCGAUCGUUAACGAACGCCAGAAGGCCUCAAUUACGUGUAACACUUCCGUCCCCCCUUUGAGCCUGAGAGAAAGUGAGGCACGAAAGACGGGCUCAACUCUCCCAGAGCAGGACUCCGAAACGAUACCAGCCGCUCAAGUAGUUCCACCCAUCUUCACUCCACCGCAGCUCACUCCAUUUAGCUCUGCGGACCUGCUCCAACUACCGUUCCAUCAAAGCAACGAAUCCGCGGCGGAAGACAGCCGCACACCAGAUUAUAUUAAUAAGGAAAACAAAACUAGCAAUCCACAAGCUUCGGUUCCGACUACACAGGAGCCAGGAAUGAAUGAUAAUGCGUGCCGGCCACCUCUGAAAGGAGCUCAGCAGCGUCCCACCAACCUACUUCGAAGAGCUGCGUCGAGCAGUUCGUUGCAGAAGGUCAUCAAGCCAUUCUAUUCUUUAACUGGCAGCCUUCGGGCGAUAGGUGCAAAGUCAAAACCAAGCAUAGUGUCGAAGAAUGCCCGAUUCCACGACGAGAAUACGGAUAUCAAUAAUGAUCAAGCGAGUAAACACGAAGGGAAACAAGAGCAGACCGCUCCGGGGCCCGAGAGAUUAGCACUGUCUGCAUCCUGCCCUCCUGGUCCACGGCCUCAGCAGCAGAUCAACGGCCCCUCCCAGCUGCCCACUCGGGCCCCUCCUGGGAGCUCUCUGGCGGGGGAGCAGCCCUCCACCACCUACUCUUCGGGAACACCAUUGUCGCUUGCGAUGGCCAUGAGCGGGCUUACGGACCUUUCGACUCAGCCAGACGGCCAAGGCUUGCUCGUUUUGCAAGAGAACAACUUUGACCUGACAGGAGCGAUCGAAGAUGCUGAGAGCUUCCUUCAAAGCUGGGAUAUUGAGCGGGACCGACAGCUACUGCGAGAUAACACCGCAGCAGCCAAUGGCCUGAAACAGCCUACUCCCAAGGUUUAG